GGCGGGGCGCUACGGAGGCGGCGUAAGGAGGCCCCCGCCACCAGCGCCCCUCCUCAGGCCAAGCCGAGGAGGCGGGGCCGGCGCGGAGGGGAGCGCAGUGGAGCGGCCGCGCCGCGAUGUGGCAGAGGUCGGUGUGCGUGGGCCUGCUGGCCCUGGCGCUGGGCUAUCUCCUGGGACCCGAGCUGCCCGCGCUGCGGCACCUCUCCGCCUCGCUGCAGGGGGGGCUGCAAGGCGUUCGCUCCUUCGAGGCCCGCAUGGUGACGGCCUGGCAGGCGGCCAUCGUCCGCCCGGCCCGCCGGUGGGCGCGAGUCGCCGUCGGCGUCAACGCCUGUGUGGACGUGGUUCUGUCUGGGGUGAAGUUGUUAGAGGCACUCGGUCUUGAACCUGGAGAUGGAAAAAAUCAUGCGGUCUUGAACUCCAGACAGGACCUGAGAGAAGCAUUCACUCACUUCAUGGAAAAAGGGGCAGCUGCUGAGCGCUUCUUCAGCAAUGCCGAGUCAUUCCGCCACAUUGCACAGAUGGCCUCCGAGUACCCUGGGGCACAGCUUUACGUAGGAGGAAACGCCGCUCUCAUUGGCCAGAAGCUUGCCACAAACCCAGACCUGAAGAUCCUCCUUUGUGGCCCAGUUGGUCCUAAACUCCAUGAACUACUUGAUGACAAUGUGGUUGUGCCACCUGAAUCCAGGCAGGAAAGGGAUGAGUUCCAUCUUAUCUUGGAGUAUCAAGCAGGCGAAGAGUGGGGACAGGUGAGAGCACCCAAUGCCAACCGCUUCAUCUUCUCCCAUGACCUGUCAAAUGGCGCCUUGAAUAUGCUGGAAGUGUUUGUGUCCAGCUUGGAUGAAUUUCAGCCAGACCUUGUAGUACUUUCAGGACUUCACAUGAUGGAAGGCCAGAGCAAAGAGAUGCGACAGAGGCGACUUAUGGAGGCUGUGGCCUCCAUCUCCGAUAUCCCUACUGACAUUCCCAUACACUUGGAGCUGGCCAGUAUGACUGAUCAGGAUUUUAUGAGCAACAUUAUUCAUCAGCAGGUCUUUCCCCUGGUGAACUCCAUCGGGCUGAACGAACAGGAGCUGCUGUUCCUCACGCAGUCGGCCUCUGGCCCGCACGCAUCUCUCACCUCCUGGAGCGGAGUUCCUGAUGUGGGUCUCGUCAGCGACAUCCUCUUCUGGAUCCUGAAGGAGCACGGGCGGAGGGCAGAGCAGGCCUCUGAUCUCACGCGGAUCCACUUCCACACCCUGGCCUACCAUAUCCUGGUCACAGUGGAUGGGUACUGGGGCAACCAGGUUGCUGCCGUGGCUGCCGGAGCGAGAGCAGCAGGGACUCAGGCCUGCGCAACUGAAACCAUUGAUACCAGCAAAGUCUUUCUUAAAGCUCCUUUGGAGUUUGUGACCUCUCAGAUAGAGGCACCUUCCAUAAUCUCCUUAAAUCCCGAUGAGCCAGUGGUGCGUUGGCACAGAGAAGGUAUCUCGUUCCAUUUCACUCCCGUUUUGGUGUGUAAAGAUCCUGUGCGGACCGUGGGCCUUGGGGAUGCCAUUUCAGCUGAAGGACUGCUAUACUCAGAAGCGUAUCCUCAAUAGAAGACUAAGACCUUCCUUUUUCUCCAGUGCUGUGUGGUGUCUCAGGAACCAUGGUGUCCUUAUUAGGAUUUCAGCCAGUGGUAAAAACGAAUAGGAACAGAAUUGAGGUGUGGUGUGUUUUCUGGAUAUAACUGAAAAAGAGCCAAAGAAUAAUUCCAGGUAUAAACUGUCAGAUACAUUCCAAUCACUUGGCAGGGACUCGAGCACUUCACAUUUGGGUGCAGACAUCUUGGUAUUUAAUGUGAAAAUUGGCUUUGCUUAAGGAUGUGGGUAGGGAAACCAAUAUCAAAAUCCCUGUUGGGCAUAGGUUUUCUGUUUCAACUCUGAGUGGGCUCAUCUGUUAGUGCUAGAAGGCACAGCAGCCAGGAGCACAUCCUGCGUGUGGAUCCCAGGGAGAGCACGGCAGUGCUUGUUCCUCUUGCGUCUGAUACAUUAAAAAUAAAAGGCUCUUGCAGUACCUUCUCACAGCACAUUGCUAGGUGGCAAGAGCAAACCUUCUGCAUGCUUGGUGUGAUGAUGAAAAUGUUUACUUCUCAGCCUUGGUGCCCGAGCAUUGGAGGGAGCCAGAAUCCCAAAAUGUGACGCAUGCUGUACCUACUCCUUAAACGCAGAGAAAACCUGA